AUGCUUGAACGCGGUACGUUUGGGAUUUGUCCUGGUGUCAUCCAAUUGCCAUGUCCUAUCAUAGUUGCCUGUUUAAUGCUCACUUUUUAUUUCUUGCAGAUGGUUGGAAUUCGCAACACGCAAAUGACGAGGUUUCAGGCUGUGAGCCGCGAGAUAUGCGAAAAAAUGGGAACCCUCGAACUUAGUGGGAAUCGCAUCAAGGAAUGUGAGACUGAGCUCGAACAGCAGCGGGACGAACUGCGAAACCUGAGAAGUAGCCAAAGCACUGUACGGAUGAAGGUUGAACGCCUUAAGCAAGAACUGGUGGAUGCUGCACGUAAUAGGGACAAGGAGUAUCAAGCCAACACCAAGUAG